CACAGAUUGAAAUAAUCUUUGUCGUGACCUUUUACCAUGCACUAUUUUUUAUUUAAACUGCUAAUCUCCAACCUCUAGCUUGCCACAAGAUGUUGCCAUUUGCAGGACAAGGCGCCAAUAUGGCGAUUCUGUCAGCACUAGAAUUGACCAACCUUUUAUAUGACAUGAAAUCAGAUACACAAACUGAAAUUACACGUAUUUUUAAGGUGUAUUACAAAAACCGCCACUCGCUCGCUAAGUGGUGUGUUAGCAGUGCGAACCAGCACGGGGCCAUGCUUCAUAAGAAGGGCGUGAUUGGAGAUUUGUGGCGGUACCUAUUCCUCAACUGGAUGCCACGAUGGGUGAUCAAGAGGGUUACAGACAGCUUCCACGUAUACCGUCCUCAACUUGUCUUCUUGCCUUUCGUCAAAAUCAGAGGCUCACUUACCACUUACACCAAUAAGCCUUCGACAAGACAAACACCGAUAGUAUCCACUAGUCCAAGGACGGUCUGAGGCAUGCAAAGCUCACAAUGUUGAUCUUCUUUUCGCUCUUUUGAAUCCUAGUGCUUGACAACAAAUAUCUGGCUUAAUUUAAUGCCGAGUGCUAUAUUUAAUGCGGUUUGAGAGGCUAUCCAUUUGCAAU